AUGAGGGUGGCCGUGCGUUUGGCUCUCUUCUUGGCCAUGCUUGAGCUGAGUGCCGUUGCCCUUUCGAAAUCACCCACCACCUCGCGCGAAGAAUGUGCAGACGAUCACAAUGCGAGCUCCUUGAGCACCACUUUCUAUGAGGACACGUGCCCCGAAGCGGAGGCGAUCAUCUUUGCAUGGGUCGAUAGGGCGGUCUCCGAGGACCCGAGGAUGGCCGCUUCGCUGCUGCGCCUUCAUUUUCAUGACUGUUUCGUCAAUGGAUGCGAUGCUUCUGUGCUUUUGGAUGACAUUGGAGGUUUCGUGGGAGAGAAGACGGCUGGACCGAACUUGAAUUCCUUGAGGGGGUUCGAAGUGGUCGACGCUAUAAAAUCUGAGCUUGAAACUGUUUGUCCUAGUACAGUUUCAUGUGCCGAUAUCCUUGCAAGCGCUGCCAGAGACUCUGUUUUAGUGUCGGGCGGGCCUGGAUGGGAUGUUCUGAUGGGUCGGAGAGACAGCUUAGGCGCGAGCAGAGACGCAGCGAACAACAACAUUCCGGCGCCGAAUUCUACCGUGGAGAUAUUGGUUGCUAAGUUUCAGAGUGCUGGUCUCACCCUCAACGACAUGGUCGCCCUAUCUGGUGCGCACACUAUGGGAAAGGCUAGGUGCCCGACAUUUAGAUCACGGCUCGCGGGCAGUGCCCACUCGACCGGUCCAAAGGUCAACCUGGAGUUCCUUCAGUCACUGCAGCAGCUUUGCUCGGGUCCCGAUAGCAAUUCAACUCUAGCAGAGCUCGACCUGGUGACGCCGGCGACUUUCGACAACCAGUACUAUGUGAACCUUGUCUCAGGAGAGGGGCUGCUUCAGUCCGACCAGGUUCUCUUUGCCGGAGACGACAGGACGAGGCAAAUAGUGGAGUCCUAUGCAGAGGACCCCAUGACGUUCUUCGAGGAUUUCAAACUCUCGAUGGUGAGAAUGGGGAGCCUGGGGCCGCUCACGGGGAAAGAGGGCGAAAUCAGAAGAAAUUGUAGAAUCGCCAACUGAUGCUUGGUUCGAAUAACGGACGAUCAAUCCGCACAUGUUUAGCUAGGACAGGAAAGAGCGGUUAGUAGUUAAGAAGAGUGGAUUUUCCUAAGACUACAUGUCAAUGUGGUCAUGGCCCUGGACCAGAAGUUGGUAUCGGAAAGAAACUGAGACUAUUAUCUACCAUGAAUCGAGCAGCUAACGAAGCCUCUCGGCUGAAUUUGAAUUUGACAGUGGUCUGCAUAACGUCGGGCGUAUGUUACUUACAAGUAGAGUAAGGGGGGGAC